CAGAAUUUCGAUUUUCAGCUAUGGGAGCUCUGAAAUACUUUUCUCUCUUUAUCGUCGUUGCUUUUGCAUCACUCUCCGCCACCAUCUCCGCCUCCGUUUACCGUCGUUAUCAUUCACCGGAAAUGCAAUCGGUAACCAACGCAAUACACACAAUGUACAACAAAGGCUACAUCGCUAUGUCUGCUUUUACUGUGGGAAUGCAGGAUCACCUUUCCGAAUGGAGCGAACGAUACGACGUCACAGGAUUCACUAUAUUUGCUCCGAUUAACUCCGCUUUCAUCUCUGAUAUUUCCGGUAACGUAGUAAUUCCAUCAGACGAAAAACUUUACCUUCACUGUUCCCCUGCUCGUUAUAACUCUCUCUUUGCACUCCGUUUUAAGACCGAAAUUCCGACGGUUUCUCAUAAGUAUAACCUCAUCGUUACUAGCGGUUUACUUGAUUAUGAUAUCUCAAUUUGCAACGUCAAAAUCUCUUCUCCACCUAUCUACGACGACGGUUAUGUGAUUGUUUACUCCAUUGGACAACUCUUCAGCUUCAGCUCCGCCAAGGAUAUUGUAGCAGCGUAUAGGAACAGCUCAUCAUAUCGAGUCGUUCAUGCAGAACUCUGAGCGAUCUAUGACGAUUGACGAUGGCUAUGUGAUUGUUUACUCCAUUUACCAAAUCUUCAACAUCAGUUUCGCCAAGGACAUAACAGCAGGGCAUAAGGAGACCUCAUCAUAUGGAACAACUCGGGUAGAUUGAGAAUGCUGAGGUAAUUUUCAAGGAGGAUUGCUGAUAAAUGGAACUAAUACUCUCUUUUUUUACUCGAAAAAAUUGUUAAGAAGUGCUUUAAGCAGUUGAAACUGAGAUUUGUAUUUACUGUCUCUGUGAGUUCUCUGGUUUUGGUAUUGAACUAUUUGAGAAAGUGCUAUUUUGAUGAAUUGAGUUGAUGAA